UUGGAUCCUCAUGGAAGGACUUUACCUUCACAAUCUUAUAUUUUUGGCUAUGUUUACUGAUAACAAUGGUAUCUCCAUGUACGUCAUAAUGGGCUGGGGUCUUCCGCUUUUGUUCAUUAUUCCAUGGGUUGUAGUACGUGCACUGCUGGAAGACACGCUGUGUUGGACAACGAAUGACAAUCCUGGGUAUUUCUGGAUCAUCCGGGCACCUAUCACAACGACAAUUAUUGUCAACUUCGUAUUUUUUGUGAACAUCACUCGUGUCUUGUUUCUGAAAAUCUUUGUGACGCUAAGAUCUCAGCCCAACAGAUACGGAUACCGGAGGUGGUUCCGGUCAACCUUGGUGCUGGUUCCACUGUUUGGUGUCCAUUAUGCUGUAUUGCUAGGGAUGUCCUUUUCUGCUGAUGUCAACAGGACUGUGGAAUUGAUCUGGCUCUACAUCGAUAUACUGUUUUCUUCAUUCCAGUUGGACAAAAUGGCGCAAGUUAAAACUCCUCUUUUAUACCUUUGA